ACUUCGUCUAUACGCACGACUGGAGUUGCAUUGAUGUCUUGCUUGGCUGUACUUCUUCGAAUGUCGGAUUGUUUGUUAGCAACAGUCCACCUGCAGUCGUAGUGAUAUCAAAUUUUCGAGUCGCGUUGAUGCGACAACUCGCGUCCCAAAACCACCUCCACUGUCAAACCGUCACUUUGAUACACUCAAAUUGCCAGCUAUCAAUCUGCGAUCUUCACAAUGUCAGAAACACCAGCUCGGCGGACACGCGGCUCAACCCGGCUGAGCGCAACCCCAGCGCCAUCAGUUGCUGGAAGUCGCAAACCAAGAGGCGCAAAGACACCAAAAGCUCUUCCUGCGGUCCCUACAGGAACAUCGCACGCGUAUGGUGCAGCUGGUAAGGUAGAGUUAUCGACGCAGCUCGAAGACCCUGCUGGCACUGCUGGUGGAUUUGCCGCUCGGUUUCGCGUCGAUAGAGGUGCUGCAGUCAGCCGUAAUGUUGGCACUGCUGACGAUGUUGGCACUACUGGCGAUGAAGAUAUGAUUGAGCCUGACAUUUUGCCUCCGCCACGCCCAGUCAUACGCAAGGCGCCUGCCGCCACCCGGCCAACCACGUCCAAGUCGUCUGUCGCUGCUAUCAGUGUCAAAUCCACCACACGAAGGCUGACGACCCCUUCUUAUCUACAAUACAACGCCAAUGACAGCACCGACAACGAUGAUGUUGGGGACGACUACCGACACAGUGGUUUUGUGCCCACUGGCAGUCCCUCGUUCUACCGGGAGCCGUCCAUAGGCGCUGGUAGCUUCACCGACCUAGAGACACAAUUCUCAUACGGUACAUCGAUGCCGCCUUCGAUUAGAUCUCGAAAAGUUGCAGAAUUACGACCUCUGCCCACAAACGAGGAAAGACAUGCAGCCCAACCCUGGGACGUAUCCGUCCUUCUUGAGACACUGCAUCGUCGAUGGCAAGACCUGGAUAUUUCUUGGGAGCGAUUAUCACCACAGAUUAGGCGAACGGCUCUUGCCCUGCUGACAGCACUGCUACUACUGUUCCUAUUCGGUCCAAGUAGAUGGCUUGGGCUACUGGAAAAGGGUACAGAAGUGUGCUACAAAGCAGGCGAGUACGCCAUUAGCCCGCUCUCUUACCUUCAAAGACGCACCUUUGGGCACGAUGGCCUAUCAAAACGUGUGCAGACUCUAGAGCUUGAUAUGCAAGGCGUGAGACAUCAAGUACGGGAUAUCGAUUCUGACGCGCUCAAGCGCCUCCAGUCGAUACUUCCUGACCAGAUCAUGGUCCGUAAGAACGCUCAAACUGGUCAACUGGAAUUUCCGCCUGACUUCUGGCGAGCACUGGACGCAAAACUAGAUCAACGUGAAUACGGAAACAUCUGGGAGAGGUUUCUUGACGUCAAUGAGAAGAAGCUGGAGCAACAUGCUCGAAGCAUUGUCGAGAAGACGCUUCAACAUCAACAAAUCAUAACCAAAGACGACCUAGCUGCUGCAGUCAACGAGAACCACGCAAUGCUCCAGGGAGAAUUUUCUACACAACUGCGUGCAUUCGAGGCAUCGGUUUUAAAGUCGACAGAGAUCACUGCGCGAAGGACUGUAUCUGACAUCAUCAAGCAAAUUCCUGAUAGCAAGGGCACCACACAACUACAUAGCUUGGCGCUCGCAAACAUAGCUCGGAACACAGAGCUCCGACUCCGUAGCGUCAACUUCUUCUCGCAUACCUUGGGCGCUACUGUUCAUCCCAAAUACACUUCUCCAACUCAUCCUCGGCAACUAGGAGGUAUCUGGCAAUGGGUGAAUAGAAACCUACACGACUAUCAGGGACGUGGGCAUCCUUCGCCAUUCCAUGCUCUGACACCAUGGGAAGAACCAUCGGACUGUUGGUGUGCUGCCGCGUCGGACAAGAAGGGAAAGGCCCAGAUUGGUGUAAUCAUGCCCCGCGCCAUGAAGCCGACCAGCAUAACUAUCGAGCACAUGCCUAUUACAGGGACUCUCGAUAUCGGAGCAGCCCCUAAAGAGUUUGAAAUAUGGGUCAGACCUCAAUUUAGUGCUGCUGCCCACACUCAUAACUCGCAUCUAAGCUGUGGAGAAGCGCCCGAGGCUGGACUCGCCUGCAUUGGUAAAGCCGAGUACGAUAUCCAUGCUCUCAACCACGUCCAGAAUUUUGAUCUCGAAGAUGUGUAUGGAACGAUUGGCUUUGUCGACUUCGCCGUUAUCAGAGUCAUGAACAAUUGGGGACAAGACUGGACAUGCAUCUAUCGUAUUAGAAUGCAUGGUAAUCCAGAAUCUGCGGAUGUUGGGAGCAGUACUUAGGGCGAGCUCUGAGGCAUGGCACAUUUCUGAUAUUUGUGCUUCACGGUGGGAAAUUUUUAGCGGUGAGCGUCGAUUAAUCCAUUCCCUGUGUUGUUGUUGUUAUUCUAGAUACCCCAGCUUUGCCUUCUUUGUACCAUUUUUCAUUCUUGUCAAUCAGUCCCAAGACCAGAUUUUAUGAC